AUGCAAGACACCAUUCAAGAAGAUGAGGGAUUAGCUCAGGCCUACAAUGCCUACACCAAUGCGAGAAAAAGGUUGAGCGAUCGGUUCAAGAACAGGGGAUUCUGGCCUAGCAAUGUUUCUUCCAAGGGCAAGUCAAAGGGUUUCAAAGGAAAAGGAAAAGACAGCAUGAAAGGAAGCCGCAAGAGCCUGCAACAACGGAUUUUAGAAUCCAACUGCCGCAACUGCGGCAGGAGGAGUCACUGGAAAUCAGAAUGUCCAGACAGGCCUCGGAACACAGCCGGACAGUCUUCCUCAAGCCAAGCACCAACCAUGACGGUGUCUACCAUGCCAGAGCCACUUCCUACCAACGAAACCUUACCUUUGGAGUUCAUGAUGUUGCCUGAAAUCCACGAUCAGCCGAUCGAUGAAGCCAGCCCGAGUGAAACCGGUCUCCUGAGACAACAGCCGAGCCGAAAUGAGCCAUCCACAGCCGUGCAUUUUGCCGAAAAGCUCGCAAAUGACGAGCAAAUUCUGUUCGCUUCACAUGGAACGCAUGGUAUCCUAGAUACUGGAGCGACCAAAACGGUCAUGGGCAGCAAUCAGGAAACAGGGGCGAGCCCUGCCAGUUUGAGUUCACAUGCCAAGCCCGAGAACCCAGCCAUGAAGAAGCCAGUGAUGUCCAUGUUUCACAGCCUGGGUCCGAGAAACCAGUCGAUCGAUCACCAUCAGCACCGCACUGCCAACAUGAGCCUGUCCGAGCGCCUGUGCCGUCUCAGCUGCUCCAAGGGAGACCCCGAGGAGCUGGAGAAGUUCAAGAAGCUAUCACUGGAAGAGAUGGGAUCGUCACCCAUCACCUUCGGAAAGGCACAUUUGGGCCGUCCAUAUGCCGAGAUCUGGAAUCAGGAAGCCAAGUGGCUCCAAUGGUUUGUGCGCACGUACGAGACAUCACAGAAGAUCGACCACCAGAAACUGCUGCACUUCGUGUCUCUCAUGAUCGAGAGAUCCGAAAUGGAGGCGACAACAGAGCCUUCACAGAUGCCAGUCACGCGACCCAAGCCAAAGCCAAAGAGCCAGCCAACCCAGAUGGUGGCGGAGAUCUCCGACGAGGAGGAUGCCUGGCUAGAGAUGCCGAACCCGCCGACAUACUCCCUGAAUGCCAUGGAGUCCGAGAACAUCAUUGCCCUGCAGACGCGCAUGAAUCACCUGGAGGGAGCUGUGAGCGAGAUUCUCGGUCUGCUGAGGAAUCAACAAUGA